AUGGCGGCAGUGAAACCGAUAGACGCGUCCUCGAUACACAAAAUCUGCUCCGGUCAAGUUAUCUUAGAUUUGGCAACUGCAGUAAAGGAGCUUGUUGAAAAUAGCCUUGACGCACAAGCCCGAACUAUCGAAAUUAGGUUUAGAGAAUAUGGUUUGCAUUCAGUUGAAGUGAUUGACGAUGGCACAGGAAUAGAUCAGCCUAAUUACGAGAAACUCGCACUCAAACACUGCACGUCUAAAAUUACGAAAUUCGAGGAUUUAAAUAAAGUCGAGUCUUUUGGGUUUAGAGGGGAAGCACUCAGUUCCCUUUGCGCUUUGUCGAAAGUUACUGUUUCCACAUGUACUCAGGAGGAAGUCCCUACUGGAACUAGGUUAGAGUAUGAUUGCAAUGGUUAUCUUGUUAGAAGAACACCAGUUGCACGCGAGCGAGGCACUACUGUACUAUUACAAAACCUAUUUGAAUCUAUUCCCGUUCGGUACCGAGAUUUCAAGAAAAACGUUAAACGUGAAUUUGGCAAAGCCCUGACUUUGCUGCAUGCUUACGCCAUAAUAUGCCUAAAUACUAAAAUAACUUGCACGAAUCAACCGAAUAAUGGCGCAAAAACGACAGUGCUAAGUACCAGCUGUAAUAAUACCAUGCGAGAAAAUAUUGCCAAUUUAUUUGGCGCAAAGAUUGUCACACAAAUAGUGCCAUUAGAUUUUACUAUUGAGAUGAAACCAGAAAGGCAGACUAUAUCGAAAGAUUCGAAUAAACAACCCGAAAGCGAUCAUUGUCCCGUACACGUCGUCGGUUAUAUAUCGAAACCUAUCAAAGGAUAUGGUCGUGGAAGUGCGGAUAGACAAUACUAUUUUAUUAACGGUCGACCUUGUACUUUGCCAAAAGUGGCAAAAGUUAUAAAUGAAUUAUACAAGGGUUUUAGCACGAACCAAUAUCCGUUCCUUGUAGCUGACUUCCAACUUGCAAAAUUCUCUUACGAUGUUAACGUCAGCCCUGACAAAAGAAUUAUAUUUAUUCACAAUGAAAAUAAGAUUGUCGAGGCUUUGAAAAGUGAGAUGGAACGAGUUUUAGAACCAUUUAGAUCAACCUUCACUUGUCUCAAUACGGAAGGAGUAAAGUUGCCUACUAAUGAGAAUUCAUCAUGCAAUGUAGCUUCAGAUGACACCGAAAAAAACCCUCGGGAAGGUACUGAUGCUAAAGAAAAAGAUGAGGAUAACACGGAUGGUACCGAAAAAAAUAAGUAUCCACGCAAUAAUGCUGAAGAUAACGCAUAUUUCCGAAACAAAAAUGCCGAAGAUAACGCAUAUUUCCGAAACAAUAAUGGCAAAGCGACUCUAAGAAAAAUCGGUGAAGGUGCGAGGUCUGAGAAUGCCAAUGGGUUAUGCAAAAGUAAUUCCUUGGACUGUCGGCUCGUAGAAUCUGAGUUUAAUAAAAAGAAAGAAUCCGAAUCGAUAAAAUUAUUACCGUCAGUUCAUCAAACGAAUGCAAAAAAGCGCAAGAUAUCUUUCAGUAUCGAUAAUGAACCCGGGGGAUCAAACUAUAAGCGAGUUGCAAACCAUAACUCUGGGAAUGACGAUGAUGUUGAUAUGUCGCAAGAUUCUGAAACCAUGCCGUGUGUAAAUGACGAGAGUUCCGAGGAAUCUCCGGAAAAAGGGUUGACCAAUGUAACAAAUGAUGAUAAAAUAUUAUCAAAACAUUAUAUCGACGGCGAUUCUUCAAAAAGCGCAAGUUCAAAUAAUUCUGCGUUCACAAUAUCGACGGGGAAUUUGAUAUGCGAUAGUAAUGAUACCGAGUUAGAAGCCAGCUGUAAAAUGGUUAAUUCAGCAGAGAUGAAUCGAAUUGAGCUAAUAUUUGACGUUACGAGAUAUUCACCGAGUAGAUUCAAAAACAAUUCGACUAUUUGUACGAAAAGGGACGAUAAUAUCAAAUCAGAAUUGCGCGAUUUAGCUGGUAUUACCGUGACAGAUAAUAAGGUCGCUGAAAGUGAAUUGAAUAAGAUCAUAACGAAAGAAGAUUUUGCACAAAUGGAAAUAGUUGGUCAAUUUAAUCUCGGUUUCAUUAUUGCAAAAUUAAACGGCAGUGGGGAUUUAUUUAUUAUUGAUCAACAUGCGUCUGAUGAAAAAUAUAAUUUUGAGAAUCUUCAACUUCAUACGAAAAUUGAAUCUCAACGACUGAUAAGUCCAAGAAGACUCGAACUUACCGUUGCCGAAGAAAUGGUAGCAAUUGAAAACAUGAAAAUCUUGCAAGAUAAUGGAUUCGAAUUAGAAGUUGACGAUGAUGCAAAGCCUUCGAACAAGUUAAAGCUAUUAUCACAACCAAUAUGCAAGAAUAUGGUACUUGAUGUUAAAGAGGAAUUGAUUUUCUUAUUGACUGAACGACCCGGAGAGAUG